AUGAGCACGUCGACGAUGAUUUCAGCCUCCACCCGAGAGUUGACCUCCGUCAGGGCUUCUCAUAAGAAACUUCACGCGUCGCUAGCGCGGAGCGUGACUCGACGAGCGACGCGGACGCGAGCGAGCGCGACGACGGCGCCGGUGACGACGCCGUCGGGGGUGAUCGUCGAGCGCGAGGACCUUCCUGAACAAGGGUCGGUGAAGCUGAGCGUGCGCGUCCCGGAGGCUUUGUUGCAAAAGUGCUACGACGCCGUGGUGAACGGAUUCAACGACACAGUGACCGUUCCCGGUUUCAACGCGUCGAAGAAGGGUGAGAAGGCGAAAAACAAAAUUCCGAUGCAGCUGUUGAUCAAUCACGUGGGGAAGAAGGAGUUCAAGAGUGCGUGCGUGGAGGAGGCACUGCAGAACUCGUUGCCAGAGGCGAUGGAGCUCGUGUCGGCGAACGCGCUGCAGGAUAGCGAACGAAUCACAACGCACUUCUUGGACAUGUUCGAAGCGUUCGGCGGCAUGCACUCGCGCCCGAGCGAAGACUUGAAGUACGAGGUACUGGUGGAGUUGGAACCGAUGAUUUCGUUCACCGGGGACUACAAGGCCCUGAGCGUCAAGGUGCAGAGUCUGGGUGACGACAACACCGCAGAGAAGGAUGCGGAGGUCUUUUACAAGAACGCGCUCAAGGAUUUGUCGACCCUUCGCGUGUGUGUUGAUCGUGGAUUGGUCAUCGGUGACGCCGCGGUCGUCGAUGUCGACGCCAUUCGCGUGAACGAUGACGGCACGGAUGGCGAGCCGCUCGGCGGAAUGAAGCAAGACAACUUCCAGCUCGACACAGGCGACGAAAACAUCAAGCUUCCGGGCUUGCUCGAGAACAUUGAAGGCAUGGAAGUUGGAGAGAAGAAGUCUUUCGAAAUCACGUUCCCGGGUGAUUGGCCGCAGGCUUACGUGCGUAACGUCAAAGCACGAUUCACCGUCACUGUCAAAGAACUCUUCGCGCGCGAGUUCCCCAAGGAUGAUGACAAGUUAGCGGACAAAAUUUUCCCGGGAUCGACGUCGAUUGCCGACGCAAAGGAAAAGAUCCUCGAGAGCGUCAAGGCAAAGAACAAGUUUGAUCUCGAGCGUGCGAUCGAUGAGGCGUGCGUUGACGCCUUGGCAGAAAUUUGCGACGUGCGAAUUCCACGUUCCCUUAUCGAGGAACAGGGCCGAAACAUGUACUCCGAACAACUUCUCGCCAUGCAAGUCAAGCAAAAGAUGAGCCCGAAGGCGCUCGAGUCCCUGGCGUCGGCAAAGAUGGUGAACGAGUACCUCACGAAGCAAAAGAAUGAGAUCGAAAAGGUGUGUAGACGCACCAUCGCGUGCGAGCAAGUCAUCAAGUUGGAAAACCUCUCCGUCACCGGCGAAGAGCUCCACGCCGAAGUCGAGAAAGCCAAGUCGGAAUUCGAAGAGUUCGGUACCGAGUACAACGAGAAUCAACUCUACGUCCAGGCGCAAGAGACUCUCGAGGCCAAGCUCGCGUUCAAGUGGUUGAAGGAAAACUGCAAGGUUGAAAUCCUCCCGCCGUCGCGCAACUAG